GACCCGUGCUCGAAGCUUGAUAGCCAUAUAGACCUUGUUAAAAGUACCUUCGAAGGAACAGAUGCGAUUAUUUCAUUGCCAGUGAGAGGUUUACCUGAGCGAAGAGGAGAUAAAUAGUUUAUCUCCCGCUCUUGCCUAACAUAUGGAGCUGUCUGAAGGAGGGCCAAGGCUGAGAGACAAGGCUGAGAGGCGGGGCAAAAGAAGGGUCCGAAGCACAGACGCGUGUCUCACGCGACGUGAUUGAGGGAUAACACUUCUCACUUCUCACUUCUCACUUCUCACCAUACUCACGCCACAAUACCCUGCGCACCUAGAAUGCUCUGAAACUGGGCCUAUGCAAUGGCCGACGAGCCUUUACUGCCUUCAUUGCCCAAGGGCCUAGCCCCAAGCUUCUACAGCAACACAGGUCGCCCCGGAAAGCGCGCGCGCCUGAGCUCAGCGCCGGCAUCGAGCGAUCCCCCGCUAUUUUCGAGCGACGAUGACCCCAGCGCUGAGAAUUACUCGGAUCCAAAGCGGCGACAGAAGAUGAGAUAUAAGGGGCCGUGGUAUAAGCAGGAGCCUGAUAAUUCUUUAUCUAAUCAAGGGGAACGGAAGGUGAAGAGGACGUUGGAGAGACAGUUUGAUAGUGGAGUUUGGCUGGGGAGCGAUAGUACGGAUGAUGACGCGGAUUAUGAUUUUUUGAAGGGGGCGCCGGUUACUUCGUUUUUGGCAAAUGGGUUGCCGAUGGCGAUGCGACCGUCUCCGCUUCGUAGCCGUGUCAUCAUACCUUCUGCGCAAUACCCAUCCCAGGAAGAUCAGGCUCGCCAGCACAUCCAACAGUGCCUAGAGGAAGGCAACGAGGAUGUGGAUCUCUCUGGAAAGGGCCUGACAAGUCUCUCAAACUCAGCCAUUAGACCUCUCGCCUCCUUCUCGUCCAUUCCAGUUUUGACUCAAGGAUCAUACCAAACCCUCCUCCCAAAACUGAGAAUAUUUUUGGCUAGAAAUGAACUGAAGCGUUUGCCUGGGGAGAUAUUCAACCUGGAGAACUUGAGCGUGUUGAGUGUGCGCAGCAACGAGCUGACGGAGCUGCCAACGUCAAUCAACAGACUACGGCGCCUCACGGAGCUGAACGCUUCCAACAAUGCCCUUCGCUCGCUUCCGUUUGAGCUGCUAGAGUUGCUGUCCUGCCCGAGCAAGAUAAAGAUACUUCAUCUUCACCCAAACCCGUUCUAUGAACCAUCCGCAUCCGACGACAUCACAGAGACUGGGCUGCCCGUAGAAGGUGCCAGUGAUGAGAGGACAUGGGGCUCCAAAACUUGCGACAACCCCGAACAUGACCACGCCAGACACUCCGAAUGGAGACGAAGAUUCAAGUGUCGCUCCCAGGUCAAAUUCUUCGACCUUCACGGCUCUCCAGUGAAAGGACCCGAGGCAUCAACGGCCCGGCCCACCUCUAACACGCCAUCACUGCUGGAACUAUGCGUCAAGACCUGGGCUGACACGCCGAACAUGCCGAAUCUGGAUGAGUAUCUGAGCGGAGACUACCCGGAGAAGCUCCAACAUCUGCUGGACAAUGCGAGGAACCUGCGCGAGACGGAGGUGCCGGGGAGGAAAUGUACUAUAUGUGACAGGAGGUUUGUGAUCCCGAGGACGGAAUGGAUUGAAUGGUGGGAGAUUGAACAGUCGCCGGCGGGGAAGGUUACGUCCGAGGAGACGGUGCGACCGAGGGAUGUUAUAGAGAGCCAACUGCCGUUUAUGAGGAGGGGGUGCAGCUGGCAAUGUGUUCCGGGCAAAACGCCUGAUGAGGGGCCGAAUGUGGUCAAGGAUUGAUACCAGUAGUUCAGGAUAUCUUUAAGCCUGUUUCCGAGUAUCUGGAUAUUUACUACAGCCCCAAGUGAUUGAGCGGUUCUGUUUCUGUUUCUGUUUCAGUCAUUGUUACUGACACCAGCAAUUAUCGUCAUCACAGCGAUUUCAUCAUAUAUAUGCACAUCUGUCGAAACGAGUUAUCAUUCCGACAUCUGAGCCAUGGGGUGAUCCAAGAAUCAGGGCCAUGCUGAGGGUAUGAUCGUUUAAUACCAGCCAAUGAGGGCGCGAAUGCGGGAUGCGAGGAGUUUCUCUCACUCCUACAGUAUUCACGAUUAGGCUUGUAUAAGCAGCCAAGAUGAGUUGCACAAGUUAUUUAUUGGUAGGAACCACGACUUAUACCCUCGGAUACCACACCCGGCUGUUCGGAGCUGUCAGAACUGCACGCCUGGCGUCACCCAAGACAGAGAUGCGGAGCAACGUCUCUUUUUGGAGCAUGGCGUUGCCUCCGGUCUGGCCUAUGGGUUGGCGUUGGCUUCCACCAAGCCGACGCAGGCACGUUUCGGGAGUUGCGACGAUGCGACACGACAUGUCAUUGGUCGGGCGGCGCUGGUUGUGAUGGGGAAAGCUCGUCGUGCAUGAGGUGUGGAGAGGGAAGGGCGAAAUGGCGAAGGGAUAUACAUAGCACACGAAAUUGGGAAGGAAGGGGCAAAUACGUACUCCCGUAUAGGUAUACAAAGCCUCAUGGAAGUCUGUGGGUGAAUGGUGAUCUACGCCGGUUGAGAUUACCAUACAGCGAGCGGUUCACGCACUGCAAUCCUCUAGAUUUCCCAUGCAUAUGAGCAGUAAUGACUCUAGGUCGGCCAUGUACUGUAGAGGGAUAGUUGAGAAUUGUAUGUGAGGAUUGUAUAAUGUAAGGAUUGUAUGCGAGGAUGCGAGGAUUGUAAGGGUUGUAUGCGAGGAUUGUAUGCGAGGAUUGUAUGCGACGGUGCGGGGAUUGUAUGCGAGGAUCGUAGGCGACGAUGGCUACACUAGACGCAAACGGUCGUGUUACCCCCUUCCCUUCCCUUUUCCUCUUUCAGAAAGCUGGCGGAAACGCCCAAAAUGUUAACGACACCAGCCAGCUCAGGGGUUACAAAAUUGUCCAGUAUAUGCGUAGAGUCCCUAUCGAUCGAAAGUUAUUCUACAAUCAUGAGAGUACUGUUGACUUAUUUGUUCAUUGUCGACUCAAUUCACCCUUGAAUCCCGUUCGUUGUUGGCGUUGUAGAGUGCUUUCUCCUGAUCGACUUGUUGCAAAGAUCACCUAUCGACAUCGUUAACUACGCCUCCACGCGUGCCCGCCCGCACUCUAAUUCGAACCCCGUGCCAAUUCCCAGCCAUCUUCCACACCCAACCCUCGACAUUUUUUCGCGAUUCCUGUCCACCACCACCACCCCAUCGCAAGCAAACCACCGACACCGUCAUCGACACUGCAUCCCGACCUCGAAUACUGCAUAUCCCUUUUCGGCGCAUUGGCAUAGAUCACGCAUCCGUCCGCCCGGGCGCGGCAACAAGUAAUACGAUAAGCGACCACCGCUCGCCGAGCGACGACGACGACGACGACGACGACGACGACGACGACGACGAC